AUGAACGACCGUGGAAAGAGUAAAAAUGUUAUUAAUCAACAAUUGAUUCAACAGAUUGAAAAUGAGAGAACAUAUUGGAUAAAUGUUUUGAAAAGAGUUGUAGCCGUAGUAAAAUCCCUAUCUUGUAGAGGAUUACCAUUCCGUGGUCACGACUCUAAUAUAGGUAGUCCCCAUAAUGGCAAUUUUUUGAUGGGACUUGAACUAAUUUCCGAAUUUGAUCCAUUUCUAUCUGAUCAUUUAAAAAAAUAUGGUGGUUCAGGAAAGGGAAAAGUUUCAUAUAUUUCGUAUCAUACAUAUUAUGAACAGUUUAUUAUUAUUAUGUCAAACAAGGUAAAGAACAUAAUUAUACAAGAAAUUAAGAAUGCAAAAUACUUCUCUAUCAGUGUAGAUUCAACUCCAGACAUUAGUCAUAUUGAUCAAUUCUCAUUAAUUAUACGAUAUAUUGAUGAUAAUAGAAAACCAGUGGAAUGA